GUGAUGUCAAGUCAUCGAGGACUGAUAAGGAACGGGCCAGAGUUCUUAUGAACUAGAGAGAUAAUGUGGCUGAGGCAAGAAACACUCUUUUUCAUCAGCAAAUUGUUUAUCAGGGAAUCCAUAUGUUCAUUGAACAGAACAGGAAACAUGGUGGAAUAGAAAUGAAGGUACACAUGCACACAAAGUUUUGCUUUAUUUGUUUGUUCACAUUUAUUUUUCAUCAUUGCAACCAUUGCCACGGCUAUGCACACGACCACACGCCAGAGGAAAGUCACACUCACCGGCACAAUGACUACCAGAUCUCCCAGGAGCCGUAUUUCCCCACAAGCAAGUCUUCACCCCCGGACGCUGAGCUCGAACAAAGAUACUAUAUCGAAAAAUUAUUCCACCACUAUGGGGAUAAUGGAAGGUUGUCCUAUAGUGGGCUGGAAAAGCUUUUAUCCAGCUUGGGUCUGGGCGAGGUAAAAGUGGUUGAAAUUGGUCAUGAGGACGUUGGCCAUGAUCAUGAUUCCCAUUCAGACACUUUACAUGUCCGUGAUCCUGUAGAUUCCAAUCACCAUACAGAAGAAAAAAAUGAUUCAAAAACUGUUUCCGAGUGUAAAGAGAAAAAGGCAUCUGUGUCCCCGGAGCAUAAAUCUACCCACAAAAAUCACUCUCAUCAUCCUCAUCACCACCACCAUCAUGUCCACAAUGGUACACAUCAUAACCAUAGCCACCAUAAUCACACGGUAAACCACGUGUCGCUAGAAGGACAGACAAAUGACCCCUUACCUGGUACAAAUGCAACACAGGAGCAAGUGGUGGAAAAGAAAAUGCACAAGCAUAAAAAAAGGCGGAAAGGAACCAAAACCAGCGAAGCGGCUCUUAAUUCUCAGUCCGAUUUGGAGCAAACUCAAGAUGAAAAUAAACAUGGUUACAAACACGACCAUAACUCUGCUUCAUCUCUUAACCCUGUCAAUGUGGACCAUGAUAAUCAUGAAUGGGAGGAACCCAGACAGGGGGUCGAAGCUCUGCAGAGAAACACCCGAAAAAGAGAAGCUCCGAAUGAUCACACGAGUAUGAAAACACACGUAGGAUUAGAGAGAAGUCACGGUCAGCAUGUUCAUGAAGUGCACGAACACAAUGAGUGUUUAAAUGUGACUCAGCUUCUCAGUUAUUUCGGGCUCAAUAUGAACUCUCCAAUUUCCCCGGAGCAGUUCACUUACAUAUGUCCUGCGCUAUUGUAUCAGAUCGAUAGAAGAUUCUGCAUCAAACAUUUCACUGGUUUGCAAAUGGAGACUGUUGAAGAAAGUAAAGCGGGAGCAUCAGCCUGGGUCUGCGGCCUCAUCUCAAUCACCGUCAUCAGUUUAUUGUCCCUCCUGGGGGUCAUCCUGAUUCCUUUCAUUAACCAAGGAUGCUUCAAGUUUCUCCUAAACUUCUUUGUGGCUUUGGCUGUGGGAACCUUAAGUGGAGACGCCCUUCUUCAUCUCUUACCCCAUUCACAAGGAGGACAUGACCACUCUUCAGACGAACACGGUCACAGUCACGACCACGGCAAAGAUUUGGAUGAAGCCUCAAGCAAAGAGUUCUUGGUAGAAUAUGACAGCGUCAUGAAAGGUCUUGUCGCCCUCGGUGGAAUUUAUCUGCUCUUCAUAGUGGAGCAUUGUCUCCGAAUGUUUAAACACUAUAAGGAGAGACGGGGAAGACCAAGUAGGUUGAAAAGGAAAGCGGAGGAGGCGGCAGUGGGAAGAAAAUUAUCUGAUCACAAGUUAAAUCGCCGAUCAGAUGCUGAAUGGUUACAACUAAAACCCUUGGCAGAGAUCUGGAUCAGUAAAGCCGAUACGUCUCUUUUCAUCGUUUCUUUUCAUUUAGCCCCUGAGGACCCAGCCUCGUCUGAAUCCCAGCAACUCAAUGAAACAGAAAUGACUUACGUGGACAGUCUCAAUCAGUCGCCCAUGAAGGUGUUUGUUGCCUCCGAAGACACCAUGCCGCACAUUAACAAGGACGGCUCUUGUGAUGAUGAUCAUAGUGCGGACGACGGACACUUUGAUAAUAAUCACGCAAAAGUAGAGAUGCCAAAGAAGCAUAGUCACAGUAAGCACUCCCACCAUUCCCAUGGCCAUUGCCACUCGGGAAAAGACUUGAAAGACACUGGGAUUGCCAGCAUAGCUUGGAUGGUGAUAAUGGGUGAUGGCAUGCAUAAUUUUAGUGACGGACUGGCCAUAGGAGCUGCCUUCAGUACUGGCUUCACGGGAGGCAUCAGCACUUCUGUAGCCGUAUUCUGCCAUGAGCUUCCCCAUGAAUUAGGAGACUUUGCUGUGCUACUGAAGGCUGGUAUGACUGUAAACCAAGCAAUUGUGUACAAUCUCUUGUCUGCGAUGAUGGCUUAUAUAGGCAUGUUGAUUGGUACAGCAGUCGGACAAUACGCCGAUAAUAUCACUCUAUGGAUUUUUGCCAUUACAGCCGGCAUGUUUCUUUACGUGGCCCUGGUUGAUAUGCUCCCGGAAAUGCUGCACGGGGACGGUGAAAAUGAAGAUGGUUACUGUAAUUUCAUCCUGCAGAAUUUAGGACUUCUCCUUGGAUUCGCCAUAAUGCUAGUCAUUGCCCUUUACGAAGAUAAAAUAGUGUUUGACAUCCAACUUUGAUGGCACUCUCCAUAAAGAGUAAAGUUUUUGUCUGUCCGCUCGCUUUUCUAUGUUAAAUGAUGCAAAGCCAAUGCUGUCAGUGACCCCCCCCCCCCCCCAACCCAAAAUCCCACUGAAAAAAAACCAUCGAGUACUUCACGACAGUCACCACAAAAGUCAUAAGGACAUCAUCACUGUGAUCCGUGUUCUGUGAAACUUGAAAUCGCUGCCUGCGUCACCGUAUACAUGAGCGUCGGUAAAUAUACAUCACACACAAGGGUAAAGACGCGUUGGCGCGCUCAAGGGAUUGGCUUUGUAGGAAGAGGUUUGAACACUUUCUUUUUUUUGUAGUUGAGGUGAAGCGACAUCCGAUGAGUUUUUUUUUUAUUUUUCUCCAGUUUGCUUGCAUUCUGGGCCGCGGUACCGAAACCCUCUUGAAGUAUUAUGGUCACAUUGGGAGAGAUUCUGGAAAAGUUACUUGAUGAAUACACAGCGUUCCUUGUUUACAUGAGAUCUAUCAAUGAUUUCUGCAAAUUCUACAGACUUGCUACCGUUCUGAAACCAUUAUUUUUUUUUUAUUUUUUUUUUUUUUAUGUUGGAGAAAAAAGAGAAAAUUCAAGUACAAUAAAAAAGAGAGAAUAUUUUGCAAGCAAAUAUGAUUUGUCAGCUGCCACUGGUCACUUCACUUUGUCAGCACAAUCGGUGCAGAUUAAAGGGGUACUCCAUUGCUAGACAUCUUAUCGCCUAUCCAUAGGCUAGGGGGAUAAGAUAUCUGAUCGCAGGGUGCGGACACCCGGCGUUCUGAUCUUUAGGUUCAGAAUGCUGG